GGAUGAGCACAACAUUUUGACAGAAAAGAAAGCACAGGAAUUUCAGCCUGGCUGCUAUCAGGAUGUACUGAUCAGGAGGUACUGGAAAACCAGCCUGAGUCCAGAUUUCUGAAUAAAAGAUUCUUACCUGCAAUGGAAGAGCUUCUAGAGGGCUACCUAUUAAAUAAGUCAAAUUACAUGAUGAUUGAAGAUAAUAAAGAGAAUGAAGACCAUGCAUCUGAAAGAGGAAGAACAGCCAUCAUUUUUUCCUUGAAGAAUGAAGUUGGAGGACUUGUAAAAGCAUUAAAACUCUUUCAGGAGAAGCAUGUCAAUCUGGUACACAUUGAGUCACGGAAGUCCAAGAGACGAAAUUCUGAGUUUGAGAUCUUUGUGGACUGUGACAGUAACAGGGAACAACUGAAUGAGAUCUUCCAGCUCCUGAAAUCCCACGUCAAUGUUGUCUCUAUGAACCCAACAGAGCACUUCAAUGUCCAGGAAGAUGACAUGGAGAAUGUUCCCUGGUUUCCGAAGAAGAUCUCAGAUUUGGAUAAGUGUGCAAACCGAGUGUUGAUGUAUGGGUCCGAUUUGGAUGCUGAUCAUCCGGGUUUCAAAGACAAUGUCUAUCGCAAGAGGCGAAAGUAUUUUGCAGACCUGGCUAUGAACUACAAACAUGGUGACCCAAUUCCCAAGAUUGAAUUCACUGAGGAGGAGAUCAAGACUUGGGGGACUGUGUACCGAGAGCUUAACAAGCUUUACCCAACUCAUGCCUGCAGAGAGUACCUUAAAAACUUACCCUUGCUCACCAAAUACUGUGGGUAUAGGGAAGACAAUAUCCCCCAGCUGGAAGAUGUGUCCCGCUUCCUGAAAGAGCGCACAGGUUUCACCAUCCGCCCCGUUGCUGGAUAUCUGUCACCCAGAGACUUCUUGGCAGGAUUAGCAUUCAGAGUUUUUCACUGCACUCAAUAUGUUAGACACAGCUCGGACCCUCUCUAUACACCAGAGCCUGAUACCUGCCAUGAGCUCCUAGGCCAUGUCCCUCUUUUGGCUGAACCCAGUUUUGCUCAGUUCUCCCAGGAAAUUGGUCUUGCAUCACUUGGGGCAUCAGAUGAGGCUGUCCAAAAACUGGCAACAUGCUACUUCUUCACUGUAGAGUUUGGCUUGUGCAAGCAAGAGGGGCAGCUACGAGUUUAUGGGGCUGGCUUGCUCUCUUCGAUUAGUGAACUCAAGCACUCGCUCUCUGGUGGCGCCAAAGUCAAACCUUUUGAUCCAAAGGUCACUUGCAAGCAAGAAUGCCUCAUAACAACUUUCCAGGAGGUUUACUUUGUUUCUGAAAGUUUUGAAGAAGCAAAGGAAAAGAUGAGAGAGUUUGCAAAAACCAUCAAGCGCCCAUUUGGUGUGAAGUACAAUCCGUAUACUCAAAGCGUGCAGAUCCUGAAAGACACAAAAAGCAUUGCCAGCGUGGUGAAUGAGCUACGUCAUGAGCUGGACAUUGUCAGUGAUGCCCUCAGCAAGAUGGGCAAGCAGCUGGAAGUUUAACACCCCUGUCAGCAGUGUGGUGCAUGGGGCAACUCUUUUAUUUUCCCUAUUGAUUUCUUUUUAGGCAUGUAAUGUGUUGUAUGCAGAACUCUCUCCUUUACAAAUGGAAGAGUGAAUGAACCAUAAGGAUAAUAACUUUACCUUGUUUCUCUGUGUAGAGUCCCGUACAGAAUGUAUUCCUCCCUUCCCCUUGGACAAAAAAGGCCUGGAGUUGCCUUUGAGAAGUUGGUGGGGAGUAGAGAAAUUGCUAGACUGGAGAAAAAGUGUGGUCUGCGGAUCAGGGCUGGGAUCAGAUGCUGCAGAAGGUGGCUUAUGAGGCAAUAAUGGAGUAAUUCACCACAGAGAAAUGUCAGUUUCUGGCUCUAGUACUAGGAUACUAAUUUUAUAGCAUUGCAGACUUUGUAGCAUAGAAGCUAUAGUAAUCAGUGCUUCUAAGUCUGUGGUACUAAGUUUAAAACUUGAAUGAUUACGACGCAGGCAUCAGAACACAAAUAGCUGGAGGUUCACCAUGAUAAAAUUGAGGGGUCAAAUCUUGCUUUCAGAGGGAUUGUUCUUGCCCCCAGAGAAUUGCACAUGUGCUGUUUGGCAUGCUUCUAGUAUAAGGUAGAGAUACAGAGCUGUUGCAUGAAAUCCUAAGUCUGUUUAUUUUGGCAUAUUUACUAUUGGCUCAGAUAGUCAGGAUUUUUAUUGCUGUCCUUGAUAUUGCACCUGAGGGAAGACCUUUCAUUACAGAAAUAUCCUUUACCUUUUUCCUGAUUGAAUUAAUUUAGCAAAAAAUAUAGCCAUCAGAUACCGACUUAGCACAAAGCCUAAAAACAUUUCCAAAUUACAAUUUAAUAUUCAGAAUAAUUUCAUUGAUUCUAAAAUAACACCAAAAUUUAAAAUGACAGCCAGAGUUCAUAGCCUAGUCUGCCUUUUGUAAAAAUAAGUAUCUUCUUGAUUGCCCAGUCACUUUAUUGACCUGCAGAGUCAAAGAUGUGUUCUGUUUCUUCUUUACUAGGCCUGAACACCUUCAUUCCCUAUCAAACACGUGAUAACU